ACGUUACAGACACAACAUCUCUUCUUCUUCUCAUCUUUCUAACUCCGCCGCCUCAUCUUCUGAUCUCCGACAGCUCUGCUCUGAUCCCUUGUAAACGUUAUUGCCUUCGAGAUGAUGAUGAUGACCUCGCUCAGUGGUGGUGGAGGCGGUGGCGGUGGCGGCGGAGGGAGGUUUAUGCCGUAUUCGUCGUCUCUCGCGGUUCCUCCUUCUGUUCCUCAGUCGCCUAACUACUCCGGUGGGAUCCGAUCACAGUCUUCUGUAUUCGUUGAGCAGGAGAACUAUCUUUCAGAGUUACUUGCAGAGCGUCGUAAUCUUACUCCAUUCUUGCCUGUGCUUCCACAUGUAUGUCGCCUACUGAACCAGGAGAUUUUGCGUGUAACCACACUGUUGGAGAAUGCCACAGUUUUAAGUCAGAGUGGGCUUGACCACACUAACCCUGGAGGGAUAUAUCAGAAUGCAAGAGCUGACAUGAGCGGAUGGACCUCACAGUUUCCAUCAGAAAGAUCUGUUCCAUCGUCUCCCGGACCAAACUGGCAUAACUCACCUGGUAGUCCGUCUGGUCUGAUCGCCAAGCGAACAAUCAGGAUCGAUAUUCCAGUUGACGAUUAUCCAAAUUUCAACUUCGUUGGUCGCCUCCUGGGACCUAGAGGAAACUCCCUGAAGAGAGUUGAAGCAAGUACUGGUUGCCGUUUUCUUAUAAGAGGAAGAGGCAGUAUCAAAGAUCAAUAUAAGGAGGAAAUGAUGAGAGGAAAGCCUGGAUUUGAGCACUUGAGUGAGCCACUUCAUAUCUUAGUCGAAGCUGAGUUACCGAUUGAAAUAGUCGAUGCACGUCUCAUGCAAGCUCGUGAAGUACUAGAUGAACUCCUUACUCCUAUGGAGGAAACACAUGAUUUUUACAAGAAACAGCAGCUGAGAGAGCUAGCAUUGCUCAAUGGAGCUCUUCGUGAAGAAGGAUCUCCAAUGUCCGGUUCUGUUUCUCCUUACAAUAGCCUCGGUAUGAAGAGAGCCAAAACAAGAGAAGUGUAGACAACAAAUGCCUCAAAACACAGUUUUGUUGUUGUGAUCUGUCCCACAUCUCAAGGAAUAUGAAACCGAUCCCAGUUCGACGCAGAAAGGCCAAACCUCUAUCCUCUUCUCCGGGAAUAGAGUUGCUGUAUAUAUGAUUAUGAAUGUGUUUUUUUUUUGUCUAUUUUAUCAUUGACCUGGAGAGAGAUCAGAUGACAACGUUUCAAGGAACAUAAGGCAUGAUGAGUCUCUCUCUCUCUCUCUCCGAGUCUCUGGGCUUUGUUUUUUAAGUUUAUUUUGAUGUUUUUUGCCAACUUAUUUUGUUGUUUUUACUCUAUAUAUGAGAAGUUUAGUUCCAGUUUCCAUGGGAAUUUU